AUGCUCGGGGCCGUCCUUCUACUCUCCCUCGCCAUUCUCCACCCUCAGUUGUUCGCGUGGGCUGUCGCUAUCGUCGCCCUCUUGUCGGUUGUGUGGAUGCUGCUCUUCGCCGGAUUCUGCGCGACGCCGUGGGAGGCCUGGAAGCUUACAUCCAACGCGUUGCUGGCCGUGACUCGGGCUUAUGGUGACUACAGAUCGAGGGGGGCACAGCCGUUACUCCCCUCGUGGACGUUGCAGUUCGAGCUCCUGACUGCCGCCAUGCGGGUGUGCACUCGGACCUUUGGCCAUCGGAUCGUGUUAGAACGACACGCUCGCUACAUCCGGCGACAGAGUGAAGUGGUUGGGACGCUGAGGGGCUGGGUGGCGUGCUGGUGCCACGGCACUAUGGAAGGGGUGACGGUGAACGGGUUGGAGCAUCUCUGGCUAAGGGCCAAAAGGGAGCAAAGGGCAAGGAAGAACCGGUUCGUGGUCAUGUACGUGCACGGUGGGGGAUACGCAGCGCUGAGCCCGCGGUUCCACAUUGAUUUCUGCGUCACUCUGGCUGGUGAGAGCAUGCGGCAGAUGAACGAGAAGCUGGAAGUCGACAUGGCGGUGGGAGUGGAUGCGUUUCUCGUCAACUAUCGCAAGGCGCCGGAGCAUCGGCACCCAGCCGCGGAAAAGGACGUGCUGGCGAUGUACGACUAUCUUUUGAGCCAUGAGAACCUUCGGCCAGAGCAGAUCAUUCGGGGGACUAGAGGGACUUCUCGCCUGCCACUUGCUGCGAUUUUGGCGUGCCCCGUGGUUGAUAUUGCAACUCUCUGCGAGGGAGAGGACGUCGAUGCAGAGUACUGCAUUCUGUCCAAGCCAAUGAUGCAAGCUAUUGGACAGAGUUAUCUGUCGACACCUGAAGCUCGCGCAGCAUGGAGGCGUUCGUCGUCGGCUCUAAAUCCAGACCACGACUUGAGCGAGCUUCCACCAGUGUUUGUACAGGCUGGAGAGCGCGAUUACCUACUUCCACAAGCCCAAACGUUGGUCGAGAAGGCAAAGGAGAUUGACGGAGCCUCAAACUGGGAGCUCGAUGUGCACGAAGAUAUGCCGCACGUCUUCACGAGCUCCCUGCCGUCAUAUUACCGAGCGCUAACCAGCAAGAUCGUGACUACGAGGGAGCACCGCGGGUUUCAUUCGAGAUGCUUACUCGCAGAUUACCGCAAACUUCCGGAGCAUAAUUUCCCUGCACCAAUGGAGGACGCAGUCGCGAUGUACAAUUAUCUGAUCAAGGAGUGGCUAGUGUCGCCAAAGAAUAUUAUCUUGGCUGGUGACAGUGCUGGGGCCGGACUUGUGCUGUCGACGCUUCAUCGCUUGAAAGACGCCGGAGUAGAACUUCCGCUCGGAGCAGUGUGCGCCAGCCCUAUGAUCAAUUGGCCCAGCAAAGAGGACAUUUCAAAGGACUGCUUCGUGCAGACGCCACUUCUGGCUGGUAUUCGCGACUUUAGCGUUUCCAGUGGCAGUAUCACGGAGGAGAUAUGCAGCCUGAACUUCGACAUGCAAGACUUCCCGCCGAUUUUCGUUCAGACGGGAGAGAAGGAUCUGUUGCAUGACCAAGCUAAGCGUCUCUACACCAAAGCACGUUCCGAAGGUAACCUGCAGUUCAAACAGUGGCUGAAGCAAGGCGAGACUCCAGAGUCUGUCACAAAGGGCAACUUUGACGAGAGGGGCACAGGCGUCGUUCUUAGCUGCUACGACUUCAACAAAGCGAAUUCGUGA